UUAUUCACUACUUAGCCGAUCUCAGGCCUCCCAUCGCUCAUCCCCUGUGGGGAAAUAAAUACCCAGAGAUUGAGAAAGAGAGAGAAGGAAGAUAGGGUUUAUCUCCGCUUAAAGAAAGAGAGAAAAAAGAGGAAUUGGAAAGGCCAAGAGAGAAAGCGGAGCAGCAAAAUGCUCGGAUCCCCCAUUCUCCGGCUGCUUGUGCUCCACAUCGCUCUAUCGGCCACUGCUCUUGGCGUUUCGGCAGCCUCCAAAAACGAACCCUUUGCGAUUCGGAUAAGCUGUGGUGCUCGUGAGAAUGUUCGAACACGGCCUACAAAUGCCUUAUGGUAUAAAGACUUCGGUUAUACUGGAGGAAAAUUUGCAAAUGCAAUAAGUCUGAUUUCCAUUGCCCCUCCACUUCCAACUCUUAGAUAUUUUCCCCUGUCUGAUGGCCCUGAGAAUUGCUAUAACAUCAACCGUGUUCCUCGUGGACGCUAUGCAGUGAGAAUUUUCUUUGCUCUUGUUAAAGAUCCUAAUCUUGAGAGCGAGCCUCUUUUUGAUAUAUCAGUUGAUGGAACCCAAAUUUAUUCUCUAAGGUCAGGCUGGAGCAAACUUGAUGACCAGUCAUUUUCUGAAGCUCUAGUUUUUGUUCCAGAUAUGUCUGUGUCUGCUUGUUUCCAUAGCACUGGUCAUGGAGAUCCAUCCAUCCUUUCAAUUGAAAUUCUUCAAGUUGAUGACAGAGCAUAUUAUUUUGGUCCAUUAUGGGGUAAGGAUACAGUACUUAGAACAGCUAAAAGAUUGACUUGUGGUUCGGGGAAGCCAGCAUUUGAUGAAGAUUAUGAUGGAAAUCAUUGGGGUGGUGAUAGGUUUUGGUUAGGAACGUCAACUUUUGCCGCAGGAUCUGAUCAGUCUAUAUCAACAGAAAAUAAAAUUGCCCAAGCAUCAACUUCACCGAACUUCUACCCAGAAAAGAUUUAUCAGUCAGCAAUUGUGAGCACUGAUAGACAGCCUGAUCUGUCAUUUCAAAUGGAGGUGGAUCCGAACAAAAAUUAUUCAAUAUGGCUUCACUUUGCUGAAAUUGAUGCCAGAAUAAAAAGCUCCGGAGAGAGGGUCUUUGAUGUACUGGUAAAUGGUGAUGUUGCAUUUGAAAAUAUUGACAUCAUUCGCAUGACUGGGGAAUGUUAUGCAGCUCUUGUGCUGAAUAGAACUGUUGCUGUGAAAGGGAGGACGCUAACAAUAACCUUGCACCCUACAAAGGGAAGUCAUGCCAUCAUCAAUGCAAUUGAGGUCUUUGAGAUUAUUGCAGCGGAGCACAAAACUGCAGCAGAAGAAGUUAGAGCUUUGCAAAAUUUGAAGAGCUCCCUGGGGCUUCCUCUUCGUUUUGGCUGGAAUGGUGACCCAUGUGUUCCCCAACAACAUCCUUGGAGUGGAGUGGACUGCCAAUUUGACAGUAAAACUGGCCAAUGGGUCAUAGAUGGACUAGGUCUGGACAACCAGGGUUUGAAGGGUUUCUUGCCGAAUGACAUUGCUAAACUGCGGCAUUUGCAAAGCAUAAACUUGAGCGACAAUAGCAUCCAUGGUGGCAUUCCAUCCUCUCUUGGUGCUAUUACUGGGUUAGAAGUAUUGGACCUCUCGUACAACCAACUCAAUGGCUCAAUACCGGAGAGCCUUGGCCGGCUGACAUCAUUACAAAUACUAAAUCUCAAUGGAAAUUUUCUAUCUGGAAGAGUACCGGCCGAUCUCGGAGGAAGACCUCUUCACAGGGCUAGUUUCAACUUUACUGGUAAUGCAGGUCUAUGUGGAAUUCCUGGGCUACCAACAUGUGGGCCCCAUAUGUCUGUCGCUGCUAAGGUCGGUAUCGCAUUUGGGGCUUUGGUUGCAUUAUUACUGCUACUUGUCUGUCUAGCAUGCUGGUGGAAAAGGAGGCAGAACAUCCUUCGGGCUCGGAAGAUUGCUGCUGCAAGGGAAGCUCCGUAUGCAAAAGCAAGGACUCACUUCACGCGUGAUGUGCAAAUGACCAAGCAUCAUCGUGUGCACGACCAGUCUCGAAAUCCAACCGAGAGCGGGCCACAUCUACUCUCUUGAUUGACUGGAUUGCUUGUUUAUAUUUGCUUCCUUCACUGUUUUUUCUUUUCUUUUUCUUUUUGUUUUUGCCCUUUAUUGUUUAGAGCAUGUGUUCAACCCGGGAAAUGAUCUCUCAUGCUGUAAGUAUGCUGCGGCUCUUGUUCGUUUUCCCUUUCUGGAAGGUAUGAAGGUAAAAGGUCGUGUUGUAGACUUAUUUAAAAUAAUUUAUAACUUGCCAUAGAUUAAAUUGAAGAAAUCAAACAGCAGAAUCUUGGUAGAGCAAACUGCAAAUGAGAGGUCCAUGUAUAUGAUCUGUGCCCAUUUUCUCUGGCAUGGUCAGCCAUUUUUGGAAAUACUGCAUUAAGGCUUGUUUUCUGUUUAUUAUUGAUUCAGUGUCUACUGUUAGACCCUUUAUAUGGGCUAAAUUGAAUUAACCAAUGCCCACCUCUUUUCUCUGA